AUGUCCCUCCCCAACGGCCAUCACGCGUGGCAACCCCCCAACGGCCAUUACGCUCCCAGCAGUAAGCUUCAUCAGUCUUUUGAUGAUGCCUCCUCUGCGCGCAACGGCACGCCUCUCGACAAUUCCAUGUCAUUGAUGCCUGAGGCACCACCCGACGCCGAGGAUGAGCGACGGCGAUCCCAGUUCAGGGAUCUCUUUCGCGAGAGCGAAUCCAGAAUCGCAUUGCUCUUCGGCGAUGAUGGCUCCUACAAUCACGAUGCCAUCAAUGCGCUGAAGCAGACGGCUCCCGCGCCUGCCCCCUUGCUCCUUGAAUCGGCUGAGGACGCGCCUCAGACCGCGGCGCAGGAGCCACCGCGCAAGAAGGCCAAGCGAGUCAUCGACGAAGAUGACUACGGUGAUGACGAUGACGACGAAGAUGAAGACGACGAAGACCCAAAGGAAAAUGGCGACGCGUCCAAACCCAAGGAUGCCAAUGCGAUGCUUCCGAGCCCCUCCAAGUCGGGCAGCUCCCCCGUUCGCUCCUUUGGCUCUCCCGACAAGACGAGCGACAAGACGAAACAGACCGACACAGCACACGACAUGGCCAAAACGAGCGAGGAUGCGCGCAAACAGCUGGAAGAGUCGCGAAACGCAACCGAAGAGGCGGCGCGCCGCAGCUUCCACACAGUCUUCUACACGCUCGAGAAUGAUCGCACCGCCAUGCUGGAGCAGCAGCAGCUCGAAGAGUCGGAGAAGCAGCUGCAGGCUGAAAUGGAUAACAAUACAAGCCAGGGUAACGCGGCCGGCGGCCAGGCCGAGAACCACGGCUCCUUGAGUAGCGCCAACCUCGGCGCGUCGAGCUUGACCUUGAAGCACCUCAUCGCGAGGAUAGACAUGAAGCGUGACCAGGUGCGCGCGUCGGAUGCCGAACUGCGGUCCCUCAUGAACGAGGUGCGAAAGAACCGGAGCAAAUGGGCCAGCGAAGAGAACGUCAAUCAGGAGGAGUUGUACGAGGCCCUCGACAAGGUCCUCACCGAACUCAAGGCGCACACAGAGUACUCGACGCCCUUCCUGCAAAGGGUGAACAAGAGAGAUGUGCCGGAUUAUUACAACCUCAUCAAGCAACCCAUGGAUCUGGGCACUAUGACCAAGAAGAUCAAGUCGCUCACCUAUAAGUCCAAGACGGACUUUGUCCAAGACCUCAACCUGAUUUGGGACAACUGCUUGCGAUACAACCAGGACAUGAACCACCCCCUUCGCCGCAUGGCCAAUGGCAUGCGCAAGGAAGCCGAGAAGCUCAUCCCUCUGAUCCCCGACCUUACCGUGCGCCCUCGCGCCGAAGUCGAGGCCGAAGAGCGGCGCAAACAGAAUGGUGGUGAAGAAGAAGGCGGCGACGACUCGGACGACGAGCCAAUAAUGUCGUCUCGCGGCCGCACUGCCGGCACCAAAGGAGCCGCCAAGUCUCGAAAGCACCCGCCUGACCAAAAGGAGGACACACCAAUGACUGACCAGAAGCCUGCGAUUCAUCUCAACGGACUGCUUGCGAAGCAACGCGAGGAUUCGGAGGCCGUUGACAGCAGCAAUGGGUUCGGCACGCCUCCCAUCGGCGCUGGCUCCAUCACGCCCAGUGCCGCCAAUGCUCCAUCGGGCGUCGCGAGCAAUGCCGAUGCCAUGGAUAUAGAUGGCCCCUCGCUGAACGGAAUGGUCCUCGGGCACGCCCUGAACGAGGCUGGCGAGCAAGACCAUGAAGACGAGGAGUACAAGAUCUGGAAGCAGGUCACGAAGAAGGAUCGCGCCCUCAUUGCCAAGGAGCGCCAUGUCCUUUUCAAGGACAACAAGCUCAACACGGAUGCGCCUGCUCUGUUGCGCACCAAGGCCGGCAUCCGCCGCUUCCUGCGCGGGCAGAAGGAAGCAGAGGCUCACGGCAUCAUCAGCCACUCCCAGGCAGACUCGUCAAUCGUUGCCGCCAAGGACGCAUCGAACCCUGCCGAGACUCUCGCCGAAGGCAUGGAAGGCGAGGAGGAGCGCGUCGUCCCCGACUACUACGAGCCUCUGACCACGAUUCCAGAUGUCAACCCCAAGCUUCAAUGGAUCGAGGAUGGCGAGGGCCAGGUCAUCAACCAGCACGAGGAGUUCCUGCGCAUGGUGCCCGCUGGGCACUUCUUGGCCCCCAAGGGCAAGUUUGCGAGCAAAAUCGACACCAACAUCCGACAGAUCCAGGAAACGAGGAAGCUGGCCAGCAAGAUUGGUGUGAUCAAGCAGAUGCAAAUCCAGACGCAGGUCUACACCAACCAGUUUCCCAAGGUCAACUUUGACUCCUUUGUGGAGCAGGACAUCGAGCCCACUUUCAUGGCCGACAACGGUCCCAUUAUCGCUCCCCAGACAUGUCAGAAGGCCUUCCAGCGUUCCGUCGCCAAGAUCCUGUACACGAGCGGUUUCGAGGAACUCCAGCCUUCUGCGAUCGAUGCCCUCACCAGCAUCGGUGCCGAUUACUUUCAGAAGCUCAUUCACACCUUCAACGUGUAUCGGGAGGCAGAGAAAAAGGAGGCACCUCCUAAUGCACCCAACGGUGCCAGGUUCCAAUCUCGGUUCACUCCCGAGGAAGUGAUUCUGCACACACUUGACGAGAACGGUUGCGACAUUGCCAGUCUCGAGGCAUACGCCAAGGACGAAGUCGAUAGGUUGACGACGAAGCUUGACAGUAUCCACGAGAGGAUGAAGAUUCACUUGACGGACCUGCUGCGUCCGGCGCUCAGCCAAGAGGCCGGCCAAGAUGGCGUGGGCGCUUUCAACGACGGCAGCGAGCAAUUCGUCAGCGGAGACUUUGCCGAGGAUCUUGGUGAGGACUUCUUCGGCUUCAAGUCUCUUGGCCUGGAUCAGGAACUCGGACUCGAUAUGCUUUCGGUUCCCCUGCAUCUCCUGCAGACCCGCGUUCGCAACCAAUACCAGAUGCAGACACAAGCCGUCGGAGGUCCUUCGGCUGUCGAACUGUUCGAUUCGCUGCCGCCUCCUGAACCGGUUUCGAAGGAGAACAUCAACGGCCAGAUUGGCCUCAUCAAGAACUUCUUCCUGGCUAAGCUACACGCGAACGGCGAUGCACCUUUGGUCGAAGAUGAGGACUUGCCCGUCAAGCAGAGGAGGCCGAGGCCCCGCCUGGGUGCCACGGGCAAGAUUGUCUCACCACAAAAGAGGCCGCCCAAGGAACAGAUCGCUCUGGCCAAGAAGAAGAAGAAGCUCGAGUCUGGUCAGGCACAGGUUACCGACGGCAAGGGCGUUCAAGCUUCGCCCGAAAAGGGAGUCAACACGACUCCGGCCAAGAAGAACAAGAACAUGCCCAUCACGAAUGGCACGGCCAUUCCCGCACCAGUGCUCGCGCCCAGCAUUGAGCGGAUCGACAGCAUGCAGAGCCAGGGCAACGGCAGCCAAGCGGAAGAGAGGGACGGCGCUUCCGAGAGUGCGGAACGAUAA